AUGGUCUUCGCUCUCUCAACGACGACCACGGAAGUCGAGAAACCUAAAAUUCUCACUGUGAGAGAGGUGUACACACCCCCUGAAGCGAAAAGCAGCAAUGGACGAAUUGUCCCUAUACAACAUGCAGCUGAAAGCAAGGCCAAUUUUGGAGCCGAGGUUUAUGGAAUAGAUCUUAACCACUUCACCUCUGCCGACUUUGAAUUAAUUUCUGAUGCUCUCCACCGGCAUAAGCUCCUUGUCUUUAAGGAGCAGCCCGAGAUGUUGACGCCCCAACAGCAAUACCGAUUGACUUCGUGUUUCGACCCCGAAGAAACAACGGGCGGCUUUGCCCAUGGUGCUGAUCCAGUCUUGCAUCAAGAGAACGGGGUCACCAUAUAUGGUCUCCCCAAUCGCCCAGCCAUCAACGCUCAACCUCAAGUUCACAUUCUCGGCCGCGGAGAACUUCCGCCUAAUCACUUCGACUUUCCGGCCGGAUUCAAAGUAAAGGGCAUUAAUCAUGUCGACUUCCAUAUACCACCUCAUCUACCGCAGGAAGAACGGGACCAGGGUGCCAGUCGUUUCUACCAGUGGCAUUGGGAUGGGUCUUUAUACAACAUUCCUCCACCACGCGUUGGCUGUUUACUCGCCGUGCGUACACCCAAGGGCCCCGAUGUCACAGUACACUGGGGUGAUGGGACUGGUCGGACGAUGAAGAUUGCCCCGGGAGCUACCGCCAUGGUUGCUGGGUCGCAGGCGUUGGAGCUCCUUGAUCCUGAGUUACGUAACACGGUUAUGCAUAGUCGUAUAGAGUAUGCGCCACAUGCGUUUCAGUGGAUGUCGUCGGCGAGAAGUGCACAGUUGGGCCAUAUCAUUGAGACUGAAGGUCUUGAGAAGCCAUUGGAGGAAUUGUCGCCCUGGACCAGGGAUAAAAUUUGUAUAUAUCCCAUGGUUUGGACGAAUCCGGUGACUGGGGAGAAAUCAUUGCAGGUUCAUGGACAGGGUGCUUUCAAGUUGUAUCUCAAGGAUACCCCUGAUGGGGAGGAGGAGAUAGUGACUGAUUUGAAGGAGGUGAGGGCGUUCAUGCACAGGAUAAUGAGCCCUGUCCUGUCCCCCGAAAAUAUCUACGCACACCCGCACCAGGAGCAAGAUGUUAUUCUUUGGUAUAAUAGGGCUCUUUGGCAUAGUAUAACUGAAUUUCCCGAGUCCUAUGGCCCUCGCGUUAUGCACCAGUGUAACAUUGCUGCUUCCGACCAUCCGUCUGGAUAG